UAAUUAUUUCAUGCGAUCGAUAUUAAUAUCUUAACACUUGUGUGUUAAUUUUAGCUUAGCAUUUUUGUACUUCUUUGGGUAAAGAUAUCAUUGGCAAGUGUUGCAGUCUUUUAUUAAUUAUUUUAUUUAUAUAGAAAUUUCCCAAUCCUAAAAAAACACCAUGCAGAAUUUGUAGAUAAAUAAUACCACAUUUCACUUUAGUUAUUUAAAAAUAAUAUUUUGUUAUCAAUUUUAGAAAACAUGGAUCCGCUGAAAGAACAUGCAUAUGUUCGUAAAUCACAUGACGACCACACAUACUGUCAACAAGUGCCUCAAAAAGCGUCUCCUGCCAUUCCAUCCACAUCGGGGGUUAAAUCAACCGCAGUGGGCCAUACACCAAAACAGACUAUGGCCGUUUCUAUAGCCACAGAACCUGUCCCGACAACUUCAGACAUUGAAAAGGAGACCAUGCCCGAACUAUGCAGCAGCUUUAUUACAGAACUUGUUGUAGCUGAGAAGGUUACAGCUUGUAUUUCACCUAGUGUACAGUCACACAAUGAAGCAGUCUUUGUAACAACUGCUGAAGCUGCAAUCAAACAAUCAAAUGCUGAAGAGCAGCAGAUUUUGCCAGAAGCAAAUAUUCCAGAAUGUGUUGCGGUUGAGGAGGUUACCUCUACCAAUUCACCAAGGGAACAGUCUCAAGUUCAAAGUGUUGUUGAAGUUAAAGUUCAAAGUGCGAAAAGGCCACAGAAGCAGAGGAAACGAUUGAUUGGGAAAUUAAUGAACCUGACACCAACGGGCCGAAUGAUAUACGACGAAUAUAAAAAAUCUAAACGUCAGGCAGAUUUUUACCACAGGGCUAAGAGGGCCUUGAAAUUCAACAAAGAGAAAUCCUUUCAAGAAUUGACAAAAGACAUGAAUCCGUAUGCGAAAACUAUUUUGAAAAUGCAAAUCAACCUUUGCAAUAAAAAUAAGAAAGGGCGUCGAUUUUCAUUGGAAGAAAAACUAAUAGCACUGUCGAUAAUGAAACAAAGCCCUAAGUGCUAUAGGUUCCUGCACAAAAUUUUUAUCCUGCCGUCGCGAUCGACUCUAAAUAAAAUGGUUGCAGGACUUAAGAUCGAGUCUGGGAUUUGUCCUCAAGUAUUUGAAGUAAUAAGAAGAGAGGUUUCAGUGGUCGUGGUCGCAGCUAACUGA